UUAGACGCGGAAAGUUGCAAAAGCAAGCCCUGAGUAAGGCAUUUGCUAACGGAGUGUUUAAACAUUUUUUAACGCUUUAACUGAAAUUUUAGGUGCUCAAAAAGAUGUCAAAGUCGUUGUCGUCAUCGCAUGGCGUACAUUGGCCCGUUGCGCUGGUCGCACUGCUGAUUGCCAUUGUUGCCACUGUACACAGUUUGCCACAAGGUGCACCGGAAACGGUGUGCGACACCAUGUUGCCCUUCCAUGCGGGCGGCAGUGUGUUGCCCGAGACGAGCGUCUGCCCCUUUGCCAUUGAGACGAGCGCCUCGGUGGUUGGUCAGGGACAGACAUUGCGCGUGGAUGUAAGCGGUGUGCCCGCUGGUUUAAGCUUUGGCGGCUUCAUGAUACAGGCACGCAAUCGCAAUCCGCCCUAUCAGAUUAUUGGACAGUUCGGACCCACGCGAGAUGGCACAGUGAAGCUAAUGAAUUGCGAGAAUUCAGUUAACAAUUCGGCAACGCAUAGUAAUGCGGGUCCGAAGCCGCAGGUGACGCUAGACUGGCAGUCGCCAGUGGAUUUCGUGGGUCAGGUGGUGUUCAACGCUACUGUAGCUCAAUCCUACAAUCAGUUCUGGGUGGGUGUUCCCUCUAAUCCGGUGCAGGUGGUGCGUCGUGAUGUUUCUGCAGCUUCGCUGCCAACCACGCCCAACAAUUUCAAUACAAACUUUGGCAGCACACGUGCGCCUUAUGUGCCGCCCAACUAUGUGGCGCCCACUGUUGCUGCCGCUGGCGCUGAUCCCUUCUACGAUGGCUGCGGUCAAACCAAGAACUGCUUUGGUCUACCCAACGGCUGUGUGGCGAGCAAAUCUUGCACUGCAGUCGCUGCCGUCACUGUGCGUGGUGACAUUUAUGAGUUUGAGCUGCAAAGCAGCAAGGGCACUGGUGCUGCCUAUGUGGCUUUGGGUCUGUCGGAUGAUGCCAAAAUGGGUGAAGAUCUGACCACUGAGUGCGUGCCCGAAAAUGGACGCGUCAAUUUGUACUCCUCCUACACCUCCGCCAGUCCCUAUGGCGCCAACAGAGCUAAUGUGCCACAAAAUUCUGCACGCUUGCUGAACGCUUCCAUGGUCGAUGGCGUCAUUUACUGCAAGGUGCAACGCGAGCCCAUGACUGUGGUGCAGGGACGCAGCUUCGAUUUGAGGAAUGGCGUCUAUCACAUGCUCGUUGCGUCUGGCAGCAGUCUCAAAGAGAAUAGCGUGGGCUAUCAUGACAUUGGACGCUUGCCCUCAGCCAAUCCCAUUAAUCUAGCGGUAGUGCAAGAUUUGGGCGGUUCCUCCAUGCUGCUGGUGCGCCUGCAUGGCGCCUUUAUGAUUGCCGCCUGGAUAGGCACCACCUCAUUGGGCAUUAUCUUUGCACGCUACUUUAAGCAAACGUGGGUGGGCAGCCAAACCUGCGGCAAGGAUCAAUGGUUUGCCUGGCAUCGCAUGCUGAUGGUUACCACAUGGACGCUUACGAUUGUGGCCUAUAUUCUCAUCUGGGUGGAGCUGAAGCGCGCUGUCUGGCAUGCGCAUUCUAUAAUUGGCUUGAUAACGGUUAUAUUAUGCUUUAUACAACCAAUUGGUGCAUUGUUCCGUCCCGGACCCAACGAUAAGAAGCGUCCAUAUUUCAACUGGGGUCAUUGGCUGGGCGGCAAUCUGGCGCACAUAUUGGCGAUUGUUGCCAUUUUCUUUUCGGUGAAACUGCCAAAGGCCGAGCUGCCCGAAUGGAUGGACUGGAUAUUGGUGGGCUUUGUGGUCUUCCAUGUGCUGGUGCAUCUGAUAUUCUCCAUCUAUUUGUGUAUUAACCAUUGGCAGAUUGCAAGCAUUGCCUCGGAUCGCCAGCAGAGUCAACGCAUCAAUACCUUCCAAAUGGGCGACAUGGCGCAUCAUCACCAGCACGCCAUGCGCAAUGGCAUGAGCAUGGAACGCAAAAUGGAUGCACCAUACGGUGGUUUGCGCAAGGGUCUGUUAGGUGUCUACACGGUGGUGCUGCUGUUGUUUGUUGUAGUGCUCAUACUGCUCGUGGUGCUGGCACCCAUUGAGAAGCUCUUCAAUUAAAUUUAAAUGUACAUUUUCAUUAACUUUCUGUUGUACUUAACGGCUCUUAAGCUAUCUAAGCCAUCUGCAAUACUCGAAGCACACACACACACACAGACACAAACUGUCAGCUCAAUUUACUUUAUGUUUGUAUAACCUUCUUAUCAUGCUUACCAUCUGUCUAAGUCUCUUUUUAUAUAUUGUUGUAAAUUAUAAGCCUCUAGGGGCAAGCGUUUGUUUCAGUACAUGUUAUAUAAUUUAUUAUUAAUAAAGUAAAACAAGCCAACUUAAAUGCGUUUCAUCAGUGCUCUUAACUAAAACGACUAAACGCUAAAUCAAUUUGCUUAAACAUAAACCAGCUGUUGUAAGUUGCUCAUGCUGCGCGCAUCCUUUUGAGUUUUGAUUUAUUUAUAUAUAUAAAAAAAAACUGUAACUUCUUAA